AUGAGGGUGCAGAGCAUAGCACAAGCUGGGAAAUCGGAAGUCCCUCCGCAAUACAUCCAGCCUCCCUCCGAUCGACCGAAUAGCGACGCUGAUGGUAAGUCCGGCAGCGGCGGAGGUGUUCCGGUGAUCGACCUCGGUGAAGAUUCCGUCCGGGAAGCAGUUGGGCGGGCUUGUAGGGAUUGGGGAGCUUUCCAGGUAACGAACCAUGGGGUGCCAAUUCGGUUACUGGACGAUAUGAGGAAGGUCGGUUUGUCUUUCUUCAACGAAUGCCCCAUGAAAGACAAGCUCAUGUACGCCUGCUCGCCGGAUUCCGCCGCGGCGGAGGGCUACGGGAGCAAGAUGCUCGUCGAGAGCGAUGAAAACCAUGGGGUUUUGGAUUGGAGGGACUAUUUCGACCAUCACACUUUGCCUCUCUCUCGCCGGAACCCUUCCAAUUGGCCUCAUUACCCUCCCAAUUUUUACAGGAAAAAGGGAAAGAGAUCAGUUGAUUGGGUUUUGGUUGCCCAGAAGCUGCUGGGGAUCUUCUCUGAGAGUCUUGGACUGCCACCUUCUUGCUUAAAGGAUGCUGUUGGGGAGUUCUAUCAGAAUAUUACCGUCAGUUAUUACCCUCCCUGUCCUCAGCCAGACCUCACCUUGGGUCUACAGGCCCACUCGGAUUUCGGAGCUCUCACUUUACUGAUCCAAGACCAAGUUUCUGGUCUUGAAGUGCUCAAAGACUCCCAUUGGUACACUGUCGACCCUCUUCCUGAAGCCAUUGUUGUCCUUGUGUCAGAUCAAACAGAGAUCAUCACCAAUGGCAAUUACAGGAGUGCAGUACACAGGGAGGUAACCAAUUCCACGGGAGCAAGGUUGUCAGUGGCGACGUUCCACGAUCCAUCAAAGACAAGAAACAUAUCCCCAGCUGCCGUGAUCGUGUCUCAGUCAUCUCCUUCGAGAUACCGAGAAGUGAAUUACGGUGAUUACAUGUCAAGAUGGUAUACCAAAGGCCCCGAAGGGAAAAGGAAUAUUGAUUCACUCCUAAUUGGCCCUUAGGCUUUCAUAACCUCUUGCAGCUGCCUUCGUCAAAGUGCCGCCGAUGCUGAUAUCUGCGUGAUUGCAGAAAUAGAUUAACUUGUUUUUAUAAUGUCAGUGUCUUUCUUUUUUUAUCAUACAAGUGAAUAUUGUUGAAAAUGGUUCCAUGUUGCUUCUGAGUUUGAGGUUGACUAAUGUUACGGUCUGAUUAUAGUUGAAGAUCUUACCCG